AAUGAGUUUUUGUUGGGUGGGUUCCCCACCAUUCCGUCCGAACGUAACAUUGUCAGUCACUCAGAGGGUCGGUCGGUCAGGCAGGACGAAGCUAGGGGAGAGAGUACCAAGGCAGCCAGACGGACAGACAGAGAGUCGACAUCCACACACAUACGCCGCCAGCCAGAUGAAGGACCCACACGCACACAUAGAGGCCCCCGCCCCGCCACUCGGUCGACGUCUCUUCCCGUGAGUGAGUCCCUCUCAUCCAAGAACACCCACCAGCCAGACACGUCACAGCCACACGCCACCACACACAUCCCAUCAGGGGGCAGCUCGGGGGGUGAGCUCAUGACCGCAACACCACACACAACCAGUCAGGUGUGUUUACUGUAGUGAGAGAGAGGCGAGCGAUCUGCGUGAGGGGGACACACACACAUAGACACACGAAGAAAGAGUGGAAACUUGGGUGUACCAUGUGGUGUGUGUGUGACUGACGCCCACACCCACCCACCUUAGGGUGGCGGCGGCGUGUGCAGAGUGCGGAAGGAACAGCGAGUAGCAUAUUGGCUUCGUUACACAGUGAGGAGUGAGGGAAACCUGCAACCAACCAGUGGCACAAACACACAGGAGGAGAGACUCGUAAAGGUGAGGGCAUAUUCAGCUGUGCGUGUGUGUGGCACUCGUACGCUGUGGAUCGUUGAUGGACGAAGAGGGCUGUCAGAAUAGAUCGGCUUCCUUACGCAGUGAGGAGCUGACCAGUGACCUGCAAGUCACACGACACACACACACACACACACGGGGAGAUGUGCACCCGUCACAUGCUCAUGCACUCGUUCGUGUGAGAGUGAUCGACUGACCUGACGAUGGCCACAGUGCCGUUAUUGAAGAUCUCUUAGCCGAUGGAGGGCGGGCGAGGGUGAGGUGACGAUGGCGAAGGGCACCAUGUGUGUGUGGGUGGGAGAGAGAGACGAUCGUCGAAACGACUACGCCUCCCUCACACCACACACAUCGCCUGAGCCAUCCGUGAUGGACGGGAUACGGCCGAAGCGGCCUUCCCCCGCCCAUCGUGGGCUGGCUCGGACGACUGACAUGGUCCACCUGCCAAGGCACACACACACGAGACACACACAUAAGCCCGACGGUGGGCAUUGCCUGGUGCCUCCAGGGCUCCCUCACAUACCCUCUGAAGGUCGCACGAAGAGCAGCAUCAGAGGCUGCCGAUGGGGUGCAGCGCGGGGCUUCCUUACGCAAUGGCCGGUGCUGACUGGCGGCCUGCUGCUGCUGCUGCUGCUGCUGCCGUAGUGGCGUGUACGCUGGCACAAAGCCGUCCGACAGAGACGUGACCUUGGUGUGCAGCUAGAUGGCCGACCAGUGAGCUGCACACCAACAGCACACAGAGAAGAAGAUGCACACACAGAUGUGUUGCUGCUGAAGGUGUGGUCAACCAAAUUUCUAACCGUCUGUGAGUUGGGGGUGGUGGCUGCGCCUGGACUUAGCCAAGUACACUCUGGCAGGCAGCUCGACGCAUACAGGGGACCUGCAGACACAUACAUAUGGACGGCUGAAUGAAUGAGUGUGUGUGCGCAGGCAAUUGGUGACCACUAACACACACGUACCUGGUUGGUGUGUGGGGUGAGUGAGUGGAGAGGGACUAUACGGACCAAAUGGCUGGCAGCGGCACAAAUGGAGUGCCGGCGACUUCUACUACAGCACAAAAUGGCGGAAUGGCUGCACUACACCACUUAAUCAGACCAGACGAAAACACGAAAUGCCGCACAGCCCAAACGGCGGGAAUGCGUGUGAGCUCUUCCAAACAAGCCAAGCUGAGGCACAAACCACACACACACACAGACAGACAGACAGACAGACAGAUCCUCAUCCAUUAAGCUUUGGAGUGGCCCGUGCUGUGUGGUGCUGACUGACCUGCCGGCUGCCCGUGGGUGGUAGGUGGGCUUCUAAGCGCCUCUUUGUGUCGGCCUUCUAAUGGGCCUUCCUCUCUCUUUUUGCCUUCUUCUGGGGGCCUUCUCUUUCCCACACACACAGACACGCAGGCACUAAGUCUCUGUCCCCAACACACACUUGACACACACAGAGCUACACUGUGCCCCCCAAGACGCACUCGACACACACAGAGCUACACUGUGCCCCCCAAGACACACUCGACACACACGCCCACACACACACACACACACAGGUGGCUGACGCCCUCAGAGUGGCGCACCCACCUCAUUGGAUCUGGCCGCUCGGCGUGCGACCAGCCCACAGCCCCCAAGCCACCAAAUGACGUUAGGAAUGACCCAUUAGAAAUGACUAAAAAGGAUGCAAUGACACUCACACAGACACACAGGGCAGACGAAAUGAAAUGAGAGGGACGGCCGAAAACACAACGCAUCGACCAUCAGCCACACGGAUGUGAGAGGGGCGGAGCAGCCAGGCCAUGAAGGGGAAAGGGCCACACAUUCACGCAGUCAUCACAAAAAGGUUUUCGAAGGGCACCAUGGCCAGGCAGCCGGCCAUGGCCCCUCCCAGCUUAUCUUUUUUUGCGGUGGCCAGACGUAUGUAAGCACGAAACACUUAACGCCCCUCUCACAGGGCACAUCCACGCCCCGCCAGCCAGACCACCAACAAAACACAGACAGACAAAUCGUUGACGAACUAGGCAGAGGGCAGGCGGCCUUGUGUGGCAGGCCCGCCAUGCCGGGAGGAGAGAGAGACAAGCGGUGCAGGAAGGCAGCCGGGCAGCCAGGCAGCAAACAAAACCCACCCCCACGAGCCCCACACAUACAGGGGAAUACAAAG